AUGGCUGCUCAGACAUUGACUUCUGCCCCAGCAGCUCCUGCUGCUGCAGCUACUGGUAACGCCGCCCCGGCCGGUAACUAUUUGAUGGCCUCGUUGUACGUCGGUGAUCUUCAUCCCGCCGUCACCGAAUCGCUUCUCUACAAUAAGUUUAGCCAGGCUGGCCCAGUGUUGUCGAUCCGUGUCUGUCGUGACGCCAUUACCCGUCGUUCUUUGGGAUAUGCUUAUGUCAACUUCCAACAACCUGCUGAUGGUAAGUAUUUUUGACCGAUGGUCUUUUGUGUUGAUUUAGACCUCUUAAAUGUUUUUGUGUUGAUUUAGACCUCUUAAUUUUUAGCCGAGAGAGCCUUGGACACCAUGAAUUUUGAUUCGUUGAGUGGCAAGCCAAUCAGAAUCAUGUGGUCUCAACGCGACCCCACUAUUCGUCGCUCCGGCGCAGGCAAUGUCUUCAUCAAGAAUUUGGACCCCAACAUCGACACUAAGUCCAUCUAUGAUACCUUCUCUAUGUUCGGAAACAUCCUCAGUUGCAAGGUAAGGUUAAUGGAAUUCGGAUUUUUAAACAAUGUUUUAAUUUUUGUAUUUUUAGAUCGCUACUGACGAAGAAGGAAAGAGUAAAGGUUAUGGUUUCAUCCACUUCGAGACAGAAGAAGCUGCACAGAAGGCUAUUGAGAAAGUAAAUGGCAUGCUUCUGGACAACAAGCAAGUCUACGUGGGCAAGUUCCAACCCCGUGCUGCUCGUCUUCGGGAGAUGGGAGAGGCCGCUCAUCGUUUCACCAAUGUUUUUGUUAAGAACUUUGGUGAUAAGAUUGAUGAUGCAAAGCUCAAGGCUUUGUUCGAACAGUAUGGCCCAAUCACUAGCUCGGUAGUCAUGAAGGAUCAUGAAGGAAAAUCGAAGGGAUUCGGUUUUGUCUCUUUCGAGAAUCCAGAAGACGCUGAGAAAGCGGUCAACGAACUCAACAACCAAGAGAUCCCCGAGUCCGAUGUCAAAUUAACUGUUUGUCGUGCUCAGAAGAAAGCCGAACGUGAAGCCGAAUUAUCUCGUGUUUACGAGCAACUGAAGGCUGAGCGCAUGCAACGCUAUCAAGGAGUCAACUUGUAUGUUAAGAACCUGGAUGAAACUGUAACCAGUGAUGAAUUAAAGAAAAACUUUGAGAAGCACGGUACUAUCGCUUCUGCUAAGGUAUGUUGAAUAUUAUUACUGUAUGUUUUAUAUUGUAGGUGAUGACCGACGAGAAUGGUCGUUCCAAGGGAUUCGGCUUCGUCUGUUUUGAGAAGCCCGAUGAUGCUACCAAGGCGGUCGUUGACAUGAACAACAAGAUGCUGAACGGAAAGCCUUUAUAUGUUGCCCUUGCUCAGCGCAAGGAGGAACGCAAAGCCCAGCUAGCUUCCCAGUACAUGCAGCGUAUGGCCACCAUGAGGAUCCAAGGAGGUGGUAUUCCUACUGCUAUGUAUGCUCCGAAUGCUGGCGGCGGCUUCUACAUCCAAUCUGCGCUCCCCAACCAACGUCCUUUUGUUGCCAACGCAGUACCAGCCCAGCUUCGUACUGGAAACAUGACCCGCUGGAAUGGAAUGAAUUCAGGAUUUGGAAUGCAGAGCUUCGUUCAGCAAAAUCAAUAUGGAACCGGCCACCGUGGUCCUCGUCAACAAGGAAACAUGCGUCAGCAAUACCAGGGUGGAGCGAGACCUCAAAACCGUGCACCGGCCGGUAACAUCCAAGGAGGUCAACAAAUGAGACAACAACUUGGACAGGGGAAACCAGGUCAAGGUCAGUACAAUUAUGGAGUUAGUCAACAAGUUCGUCCACAACAUCAGCAUACACAGGGAGCCCCGAGCACCACUGUACAGAGAGAAGAACUUACUUCUAAAUUGGCCGCUGCUGCCCCUCAGGUAUGCAGUAAAUGUUAUGAACUUACUUGAAUUGUUUUUUAGGAGCAAAAGCAAAUCUUGGGCGAACAGUUGUAUCCGUUAAUUGCCAGUCUGGUUCCUGAUGAAAUGGUCGGAAAGAUAACCGGCAUGUUGUUGGAGAUGGAGAACUCUGAGCUUCUGAUGUGUUUGGAGAACACUGAGAUCCUCAACGAACGUGUCAAUGAAGCUUCUUUGGCUCUGUUGGGCAAGAGCACCGCUCAAACUGCUUAA